UUUUGGGGUAAAAAUGAAUGCAUGAUUUCGUCCAGGAUUUGAGAGAAGGGCUCGGUCCUUAAGUGGCCCCCGGACCGGACCUUUCCCCACCCGCCCACAGCCACGCACGCGCACGCGCACCUUUCCUCUCCUCCACUUCAAGGCUCCUCCCCCUUUCCCAACAUGGCAGCGGCGCGCGGCCACGCGCCCCGUCCCUUUGACUUCCGCUCGCCCAGCGGCCACUUUGUGCAGUGUUUGCGCGCGCGCGCGUGUUCUUCGCGUUCUUUGUUGUCUUUGUUGUUUUUUGUUGUGUUCCCCGAGACAUGAAAAAGAAGCUCCCGGAUUCCACGCGCGCGGCGAGAAGAUGGCAGUGAACUUUGGAGCCCUUGACGAUGGAUCGCCAAGAUUGCGGAGUGACGAGCUGCAGGGAGCGCGAGAAGCUGCCGCCGAUCUCCAGCGUCCCGGCUCGCGGCUCCAAACCUCCGUUGCCGUCUCUGGGCACCCUCGUCGACACGCUCAACCAGAGAAGGGGUCGGGUUAGAGACGCCGACACGCCCGCCACGCCGCCGGGACUCAAGCACGUGCGGGAUCUUCCCCCGAUCGGCGGCGGCCCGGCGCGUCCGAAGCAGCGAGCGUCCAUCGACACGCUGCCCCCGACGGUCAAAGCGCCGUUCCCGUGUGAGCCCGUCAUCCCGCUGCGCACCAAGACCGCCAAAGACUUCCUGGAGGAGGCCGAGCACGCCGCACUGUCCGGCGACUGGCGCGAGGUUCGAGACUUCUACCUGACGACCUUUGACUCUUUCAUCGAGCUCAACGCCGCUUUCAAGCGGGAGGCCAACGCCCCCUUCGACACCAUCGACGACUCGGGCGUCGACGGGGAGUUCGUCAACGCCGUCUACGACGCGCUGGUCCAAACCCCUGCGGACAUCCAGAAGUCGGUGCUGAAGGGAAUCAUCAACAGUCUUCUGCGGGAGUGGAAAGGGCCUCGGACUAAAGACGACCUGCGCGCUUACUUCAUCCUGGUUCAGAACCCUCAGUAUUCCAGCACCGGCACGUACGUGAUCUACGCUCACCUGUUGAGGCAGAUGGCCGCCCUUUCUGAGGCCGAUCAUCACUUCCUGGCGCACUGGCUGAAAAAGUUGUCGUCCCGCCGCUUCCGUCAGCCGGUGGAGCGCCUCCUGCAGUUCAUCUCCGCUCGACUUUUCCCGGCCGAGCCCGACGAGCUUCCUCCCGCCUCCAAGUGCGCCUGGUGGAUCCCGUCGGCCACCAAAGUGCUCGCCCUCUUCAAUGCGGCCAACAGCGUGUCGUCUCCUCCCAUCAUGCCGUUCAGCGACUUCUACAACAUCGCGCUGGAGCACAUCGACUUCAUGGACGAGUACCGGAUCUGGCAGAGCUACGGAAACUCCAGCAGGUCCGAAGAUUCCCGGUAUCCCUCUUUCCUAGCUUUUUGUGUUCCUUGGCAUCACAGUGUGUGUGUGUGUGUGCGUGACGUUCAGUUGAGCAGGAAGCGGUGCGACCUGAAGAAGAAGUUACGCGUGACGUUCGUGGGGGAGGCGGGGCUGGACAUGGGCGGGCUGACCAAGGAGUGGUUCCUGCUGCUCGUGCGCCAGAUCUUCCACGCCGACUACGGCAUGUUCACAUACACGGAGUCUCGCUGUCAUUGGUUCAGCAGCUGGAAGUGUGACAACAACUAUUCGGAAUUUCAGCUCAUUGGGACCGUGAUGGGCUUGGCCGUUUACAACAGCAUCGCUCUGGACAUCCACUUCCCGCUCUACUGCUACAGGAAGCUGCUGACUCCGCCCACCGCACCGUGUGACCAGGACGCCUCGGUCGGCACGGCGACCGCCACCUUGGACGACCUGCGGCAGAUCAUGCCGGAGCUGGCUCACGGUUUGGACGAGCUGCUGAACUUUGACGGGAACGUGGAGGAAGACUUGUGCCUCACAUUCCAGGUGUGGCAGGAGGAAAUGGGUGCGGUCAAGUCGUACAACCUGAGGCCGGGAGGAGAUAAGAUUCCUGUCACUAAACAAAACCGGAAAGAGUACGUGCAGCUGUACGUGGACUUCCUGCUGAAUAAAUCCAUCCACAAGCAGUUUGCCGCCUUCUACCACGGAUUCCACAGCGUCUGCGCGUCCGACGCCCUCAUGCUGCUGCGUCCGGAGGAAGUGGAGAUGUUGGUGUGCGGCAGUCCUCAGCUGGACAUGAGCGCUCUGCAGAAGGCAGCGCACUACGAAGGAUACAGCAAGAGCGACGCCACCAUCAGGAGUUUCUGGGAGGUGGUGCUGUCGUUCCCGAUGGAUCUUCAAAAGAAGCUUCUUCACUUCGCAACAGGAAGUGACCGCGUUCCCGUGGGAGGAAUGGCCGACCUCAACUUCAAAAUUUCCAAGAUCGACGCACCCACCGACUGGCUUCCCGUGUCGCACACGUGUUUCAACCAGAUCUGCCUGCCGCCGUAUCGCAGCAGGAAGGAGCUCAAACACAAACUGACCAUCGCCAUCUCCAACGCAGAGGGCUUCGGCCUCCAGUGACCCCACCGACGCCCGGGCCUCCCGUCGGGCGCCGGUGACGUUCGCGCCCCUUAGCGCUUUUUGUUUAGCUGCUUUUAUUUAAAGAGACAAUUUGUUAUUUUGCUUCUUCUAUUGAAUGGCAUCAUUUGGAAGCACCUGAGCAAGUUAGCGCAAUUAGCAAGUCAGGAGAUGUUAAUAGAGCUAAGCUACAUGCUAAGGAAGUUAGCAGCCAUUGUGUGAAACGUUGCUAGUCUAAAGUGUGUGUGUUGUUUGACAUUGCGGCGUGCUGAGACGCCACAGCAGCAGAAGCCUUUUGAUUGACAGCUGUUAGAUUAAUAGCGACAACACCGACGCGUGUCAGUUUUAGCAUUAGCUUAGCAGUAGACAGAGCAGGAAGUGUCCCUGAAGCACACAAAAAAAAUAUAGACGACUAGAACAGACAACUACAACCUAGCGACCUAGCAACAGGCGGCAACUGUUACCCGGCGACUUGAAACCGAUGACUACGACGUAACUAGACCCUGACGAUGACUCGAACCUGAAGACAACAAGCGGAAGACUACAACCUGACCACGACAACCAGACAUCUCGAACCUACCAACAAGAACAUGACAAGUGCUACCUGACAACUUCAAGCUGAUGACUACAACGUGACUCGAACCUGAAGAAUAUAAGAUGACAACUAGUAGCUGAUGACUCGAAGCUGAUGACUUGAAUCUGACUACUGUAAGCAGACAACUAGGACCAAGGACAUGACAACUGCAAUCUGAUGACAAACCUGAUGCUUAGAACCUGCAGACUAGAACCUGACCAUUAAAAACUAACAACUCGAACCUAGCACCAAGAAUAAGACAAUUGCAAUCGGAAUGACAAACAAGAUGACUCGAAUCUGAAGACUGUUGGCUGAUGUUUGACUUUGUGGCGAGUCAAAGAAAACAGAGCUGCAGCAGAAGCCUUUUGAUUGACAGCUGCAACACUGACGUGUGUUAGCUUUAGCACUAGCUUGGCAGUAGACAGAGCAGGAGGUGUGAGCAGAAGAAGCGCAAAUAAACCAGGAAGCGGUCAGGAACCAGUAAAGUUGUCCCUCAAACUGUGGCUGCGCCUCCGAUGCUCUGCUGGCCUGGUUUCCAAGGUAACGUUUGCAGCUUCCCAAAUCGGCGCUUGGCCAGGAGCCGAGGUGGCUAAUGUGGGUCAGAACCCCGCCCCUCCUCCGCCCGGAAUUUCCAAAGCCCCCGCUAACAACGAGCUGCUUUGUCUCGCUCACUCCAGAGUACCCCCCAAAGUCUACAACAUGACCACCAGAAACGGAAGACAAGAACUAAAACAAAAAACUGGAGACUAGAAUUUGAUAACUCAAAACCAAUGACGAGAACCUGAGGAUUAGAAGCUGACGGCUAGAAACCGACGGCUAGAAGACGCCAACCGCAACCUCAUAAGAUGAUGACAAGAACCCGACAACUAGAAGCAGAUUACUGGAACCCAACAACUAGAAGCUGCUGACUUGAACCGUACAACUAGUAUCUGGUGACUAGAAGCUAACAACUAGAAGUCGGAGACAAGAACCUGACAAAUAGAAUGACUUUACUGGAAGCGACAACCAGAAACUGACAACUAGAAGCCGAAUACCGGAACCCGAAAACGAGAAGCUGGCGACAAAAAGCUGCUGACGUGAACCCCGCAACUAGUACCUGGUAACUAGAAGCCGGCCACCAGAACCUGACAGCUAGAAGCUGGUUACUAGAAUCCAACAACUCGCACCAGGUAACUAGAAGAUGUUUGUUUGUUCUUGGCCAAGAGGAGACAGUUGCGUUGAGGCUAGCGUGCGGCGCGUGUUCACUUCCUGUGUGGUGUCGUCGUCGUCGAUGUGAAAUUUUGACAUUAAAAGUCUUCAUUGAAACAUGAAACUUAA